UCAUCAUGUCUGGUCGUGGAAAGGGUGGCAAGGGUCUCGGCAAGGGUGGCGCCAAGCGUCACCGCAAGAUUUUGCGCGACAACAUCCAGGGUAUCACUAAGCCCGCUAUCCGCCGUCUCGCUCGCCGUGGUGGUGUCAAGCGUAUCUCCGCUAUGAUCUACGAGGAGACCCGUGGUGUCCUCAAGACCUUCCUCGAGGGUGUCAUCCGUGAUGCCGUCACCUACACUGAGCACGCCAAGCGCAAGACCGUCACUUCUCUUGACGUUGUCUACGCUCUCAAGCGCCAGGGCCGUACCCUCUACGGUUUCGGUGGCUAAGCGUAUCAUGUCUUUUCUCUUUUCCGGGUUGUUACAAACGGUAUGAUGGGACGUUGGGGUGUUCUCUGAUUUUUCUUAUCGACAUGGGUCUCUGGGUUUGAAUUUUUUUUACAACGACUACCACUUUUCGCGUCCACUAUGGGUCUGCUAGUGUUCGCUUCUGAGCUUUCCUGUAUCAUAGCGGCCUCAUCAUAUGGCUGGCACCACUUAGAUGGUGGGAUUCACACUCCUUCGUG